AUGAAGAUAAAUAGGCAUUUAGUGGUAGCAGAAGGAGGAAAUUUAGCUGCUGCUCGAGGAAGAGAAGCUGAUGCUCCGAAUUUAUAUGGAGGAAUCACUCAAGAUGUAAUCUAUCAAUCGUAUAAGGAACAAAUUGAAAAUGAAAAGAAAGAAAUUGCCCGAAAACUUGUACAACUAGACAUGGAAAGACAACCCAGCAUCAAAGAGUUAUCAAGGGAUUCAAUGGAUGAAUUUGGAGAGGUAAACUCUGGAGUGGUGGUUGCAGAAGACUUUAAUGCACAUGAAAGGCCUUCCAGCAUGAAAGCGCUUGCACUCGAGCGUUUUAGAAAAGCUGUCAAAAAAGUUGAAUCUUCUCGGAUGUCUACGCGUACAAGCUUUACAGGGACUUCAGAGUUUGGUUUGCUGAAGGAAGGUCUUGUCACUUCAAAAGAAGACAAGGAACCAGAAAUUAAGCUCACAAUUAAGCGAUCGUACUCUCAACUCAGGACAUGUAAUAUACCCAAACACAAAUUCAAAGUUGAAGGUAAUCAAAAGGCCAUAAAGAAGGCUGAUGAAUUAAGAAAGUGUGGAUACAAGACGAUGGAUAUCUUGUCAAUAUUGGGAGUUGAAAAGUACAUGUUACUCAAUGAGAAGAGAUUUUCUCCCAAAUGCAUGAUAGACGCUCUGGUGCAGCGUGGCAAAAUGGAAAGAUACCUCAACACGAGAGAAAUAUCAUUUGUAUCUAAAGAUAAAGUCAAAAAAGGAGAUGAAGGGUACGAAGACUAUGUGUUGGAGAAGAAGAAGAGAAUCUUUUUCAACGAAAAGAAGAAAGGAGGAGCGUUGAAUGUACAAUAA